UUUUUUUUAUUUACUUAUCUUUAUAAUUAAAUAAUCAUGGAUCCCAAACAAGUAAAAAAAAAAAAGAAAGAAAAACUCAUUAAUGAUAAUGUACUAAUUAUAAGACUCACUUUUACAUAAAUACAUAUACAUGUAUGUAUAUAGCAAGCGCUAAUUGAAGCGAAAAGAGCAGAGGUUUUAGCCAAAAUGGCUAAAUUUCGAAAAACAACUAGUACUCCUAUAACGCCACCACAGCAAAGACCAAUGCCAUCUAUGCCAUCGGCUUCAACACAACCCCCAACAGGGAAAACAGGUCUCAACCUUGUAGAAUUACAACGUCGUAUUGCAGAAGCUAAAAGUCGAUUAGCAGGCACUACACCCACAGUUCGUCCAGGAGUUACACGUACAAGUGAAAUGAAACCACCUGCACUUCCUCUUAGUUCAUCAGGCGAAAUAGAUUUAAAGGCAAUGAUCGAUACCGGUAUUAUUCCACGUCGCGAGACUACCAAUACCAAGGCUAUGCAGCGUGCUAAAAACUCUCCUGCGAUUUCAGAAAAAAAAGCGAAAGAUAAACCUACUAAAAACCCAUAUCUUGAUACAACAACACCCGUUGAUUUUGAUGCGAUUAAACCACGUCGUCCACGUCAACUCAAAUUUAUUCAACCUGGUAAAUAUAUCGAUAUUGCCAAUCAAGAACGUGCUAAACAACAACUCGAGAAAUUGAAACGCGAAAUUACAGAGAAUGUGAAAAAGGCAGGUAUGCAAACUGAGUUGGAUGUAUCGGAUAAGGUUAUCAAGAGAGAGGCACCUCCAAAUGUUGAAUGGUGGGAUGCACCCUUUUUGGCGGAUAAAUCUUAUGCAGAGGUAGAUACUGUUGAUGUAGACAAGUUGGAAAGUUUAGUCACUCAUUAUGUACAUCAUCCAGUCCCAAUUCAACCACCUGGUGAACUACAUGCAGCUCCUGUCGUGAGAUCUUUGAUGUUGACCAAAAGGGAACGAAAGAAAAUGAGAAGACAAAGAAGAGCAGAGGCACUGAAAGAUAAACGAGAUAAAAUUCGAUUGGGUUUAAUUGAACCUGAUCCACCCAAAGUUAAAAUUAGUAAUUUAAUGAAAGUGUUGGGUGAAGAAGCAAUACAGGAUCCAACUAAAGUAGAGGCACGAGUACGAAAGGAAAUGGAACACCGACAACGUAUGCAUGAUAAAGCAAACGAACAACGUAAAUUGACACCUGAAGAAAGAAGAGCAAAGAUAUUAAAUAAAUUAAAAGAAGAUCAAAAGACAUCAAAUGAAGUGGCCGUCUUUAAAGUCAAAUAUUGCUCACAUCCUAAAUUAAGAUAUAAGAUAGAGGUAAAUGCCCAACAAUAUCAAUUAAGUGGUAUAGUCAUUGUUCAUCCAAAAUGUAAUCUGGUGAUUGUUGAAGGAGGACCAAAGUCUAUCAAAGCUUAUAAGAAACUUAUGUUAAGACGUAUUGAUUGGAAUGAUCUUCCACCACCUAAAAAUCUAAAGGAAGAUGAGCCAAUAGGAUUGCCUGAAGGAGAAGAAAACACGUGUUUUUUGGUAUGGACAGGACAAGUAAAGACAAAAUCCUUUAAAAGAUUUACAUGGCGUACAUUUGAGAGUGAAAAGAUGGCAAGAGAAGAAUUAGGGAAAUGGAAUGUCGAGAAUUAUUGGGACGUUGCUAUAGCAAGUACGGAUGAAGAAUUAAUUGCUAGACAACCACAAUUAUAAAAUAAAUUUUAUUUUAUUUUAUUUUUUUAUUUUAUUUUUUUUUUCGCUAUUUUUGUUACUGUUAAAUUAUUAUUUAUUCUAACAUGCA